CCGGGCCAGCCCCUACAACUUUAUCUUGUGACCGCGGCCGCCGCUUCUUUCCUGGAGCCGGGGUCCUCGCCGUGCGCCAUGGGUCUCCUGGCCGCCGCCCUCCUGCUCCUGGUGUGCGUCUCCGCCGGCCGGGCCGAGCGCGUGCAGUACAAGGACUGCGGAUCUCAGGUUGGAGUUAUAAAGGAGGUGAAUGUGAGCCCGUGUCCCACCCAACCGUGUGAACUGAACAAAGGACAGACCUACAGUGUCAAUGUGACCUUUACCAGCAAUACUCAGUCUACAAAUAGCACGGCUGUGGUGCAUGGCAUCGUGCUCUCCGUCGCCAUCCCCUUUCCCAUUCCCGAGCCCGACGGUUGUAAGAGUGGAAUCAGCUGUCCCAUCCAAAGAGACAAGACCUAUAGCUACCUGAAUAAGCUGCCCGUGAAGGGUGAAUACCCUGAUAUAAAACUGGUGGUGAAAUGGGCACUUCUGGAUGACAAAAGCCAAAAUCUCUUCUGCUGGGAAAUCCCAGUAGCGAUCAAAGGCUAGACGUUGUGAUGCCGCUAUGUCCACACGGGUCCCUCCGCUGUAAGUGCCUCACAGUGUAGUGCAUCCGGCUCUACACAGCAUCUUCAGCCCUGUGGCUUCAGCAGUAGUGACUUGCUCUCCGUGCACCCAGAGAUCCGCGGAGAGAGGUGGGACAGAGGAACUUCGCUCCGCUGGCUGGCUCUUCUGUGGCUGUCUCGUGUCUCUUGUUCUGUCUUUGCUAGUUUUCAUUAAAGACAAUGCUUGGUUAGCAGAAUUUGAUUUUUUUUAACAAUAUUAACUUGUAUCUUUUGCUGUAUCUGAAUCUUUAAAUAAAGAAAAAGCAAAGUUGUCUGC